AUGGAUGACAGCCCCCUCACCAUCUUCCUCACUAUCACCUCUAUCAGUCACACAAAGCCAAAACUUAUACUUACUUACUUCCUCAUACUCAAAACCAUGAAGGAGCAUGUCUGGGUCAAUCCUGGCCUGCCAUGGUCCCCAGAGCAGGGUGACAGCCAGAGAUUAUGUGGCAAAGAAGUGGGCACCGCCCACUUGCAACAUAUCCCAUUGGGCCCUCAGGGAGAGACUGGCGUGCUCUCUUGGGGCAAUACCCUCCCUGACACUUGCAUCAACAUCAAGGCAGAGACUGCCUAUCACCUUGAUGGUGCAGUUGUUAGCACUGAGGUCCAACACCAACACAUCAUAUUGGGGGAGGCUUGCCUGCAAAGCCUCCCUGCUGCUGUUCAACUGCCUGACAGUGGUGCUGAUUGCCUGCAGGGCAGCUCAGUUGCUCCCACUGUGACCAUCCCUGACUCUGCCCGAUCUGUGGUCUCUCCCAGCCUCAGCCCCAUCAAUACCCCACCUUUGCCAGCUCUCUGUCAUUGUGACAUAUCUCUUCCAACCACCACUGCGUCCUCUGUGAUGGUCAAUGGCAGACAACUUGCAGAGGUUCAAGUUGGCACUGAGGCAGAGGAAGGGGAGGGUGAGGACAAGGAUGAGGAAGAGGAGGAGGAAGAGGACGACAAAGAUGAGGAGGUUGAGGAUGUUGAGGAAGAGGAGGGACCCAGCAAGUUUGGCAACCAGGUAGCAGAUGGGGAGGAUCUCCUUGUCUAUUGCAAGAAGGACAAUCCUCCAAGAUAUGCCAACCUGGAUCCAUCAACAUCGACUUCACUUUCCCCUCAUUGCCCCACCACAUCUGCCCUUCCUAUGCCCCCUCCUUUACCCCGCAAGAGAGGUCAUCAGCCCCUCAUCCCAACAUUCUACAUUCCCACCAGGGAGGAAGUCAGGGCCACAUGUGGUGACACAUCUGACUCACUUGAACUACACAAACCGAUUUAUCAAUGCAAGUCCUCUCAGAAUUGUGGUACUGGACUCCUGUCAGGCAUUUUCAAGUUCAGGAAGCACCACCAGCACCACCAAUACACCAUCCAGCCCCUGACUUUGGUAAUGCCAUAUAACACUCAUUCAGAAAACAAACAUCCUGCUCUGCUUGACACCUCAUAUGAUCAAGAUUGGCUGCUACUAGUACAGCCCUUGGAUCAAUGGCAGAGAAGUAUGACUGAGGAGAACAAGACUAAGAUGGCCUGCAUGCCCGCUGUAAAGUCCAAGAAGUCUGUAGUAGCCAAAGGCACACUGCAGUGCUUGUGUUGCCAAUGCAAAACUCCUGCAAGGCCCAAUGGUAGGACAUACAUCAAGGAUCAGAUUGAAAAUGCCAAGUUGGGCCUCUAUGACCUCAAGGAUGAGCCCAGCCUUAUGGACAAAGAACCUUCACUGUCAAUCCCAUUUCUGCUUGACGUUGCAGAGGAUGUUAAUGCAGUGUCUGUGUCUGACACCAAGACAUCAUACCUCAACUUGGACGACCCCUGGGAUGGUCCAAGUACCCCACCCCACUCACACACCCCUCCACGGAUUCCCUCUCCCGUGCCUAUGGAGAUGGAUGAAUGGGAUCCUGAAGAGCCCCCUCCCUUCAAGGAUGAGGAAGAGCCUGAUAUAGGCAUAUCUGUUGAUGACUUGAACAUCCCCAUCUCAGCCCACCCUCUGCCUUACAACUUUGAUCAGCCAACACAAGAACCAUGGCUCAGCUAUCUAGGCAUACAUGCAAGUGCUGCAGUGCGAGGGAUAGCCUUAUUGCUCAUGCACAUGCAUGCAUGGUACCAGCUCCCACAUCUGGCUUGCUCCAUCUUGGCAACCUUACUUUACACACUUCUGGAGCAAUGUUUCAUCCUGUCAUCAACCACCGCCUCACUGCCAGCAACAGCCCCACCCCAUACACUUAGGACUAUGUACAAGCAGAUGGGGAUGUGGGAUCAUUUUGAGGUGAAAACACUCUGUCCCCAAUGCUGGCAACUGGAAGAUCUCAAGGAAGAAGACAUGGAUGCAGACCUCCUGGAUGACUUUGGGCUGGGUGACUCUCCCCAUCCAGUGGCAGACUGGCAGCGCUUCUGCCAUUGA